AUGGUUGCCUCAUUCCGUGAUCUCCUGGGCAUCCGUCCAGGUACAGCCUCAACGUCCGACUCUGCGCUCAUUAUUAUCGAUGCACAGAAUGAAUACGCGGAAGGGCAGCUGAAGGUCACCAACGCUGAGUCGAGCGGUAAAGCCAUUGCCAGCCUGCUCGAAAAGUAUCGUGCUGCGAACGGCAAGAUCGUCCACGUUAUGCACCAAACACCCGAAGGCGCCCCUAUCUUUACUCCUGGCACCAAGUUAGCGAACGAAUUUAGCAACGUUGCGGCCAAGGUACGAGUGCUUACAUCAUUUACCAGAACGCAUACUGAUCGGGUUCAGGACGGCGAGGAGGUGAUCUGGAAGCAGUUUCCUGGCUCUUUCGAGCAAACCUCUCUUCACGACACUCUCCAGUCGUGGGGUGUCAAGAAAGUUGCUCUCACUGGAUACAUGGCACAUGUAUGUGUCUCCACUACCGCUCGUGAGGCUAUGCAGAAGGGCUACGAAGUCAUUCUCGUUGAAGAUGCUAUUGGCGACCGCGACAUACCCGGUGUCGAGGGUAGCGAGCUCACCCGAGUUGCGUUGGCAGAGUUGGCAGAUGUCUUCGGUACGACCGUGCAAAGCUCGGAUAUCAGGUAG